GAGCUAUUAAAUGUGUACGUUAUUUUCACAGAUCCGACAGAGAAGGUGACUAUUCAAGUGCUGUCACAAAGCAGUACCAUUAAAGAAGGCGAUAACGUCACGCUGAAGUGCUCAGGAAACGGCAACCCUCCUCCACAGGAGUUCCUGUUCUACAUUCCAGGAGAAACAGAAGGUAUAAGAAGCUCAGAUACUUACAUAAUGACAGAUGUGAAACGAAAUGCAACAGGAGAAUACAAGUGCUCUCUGACUGACAAAAGCAUGAUGGACUCGACCACCAUCACUGUGCACUAUUUGGAUUUGCAGCUUACUCCUAGUGGAGAAGUCACAAAACAGAUUGGAGAGGCUCUGCCUGUGUCGUGCACGAUUUCUUCUAGUAAAAAUGCAACUGUGUUUUGGAUAAAGGACAAUACCAGAAUGCAAACAAGUCCAUCAUUUUCAAGUCUUCAGUAUCAAGAUGCUGGAAAUUACAUCUGCGAAACCACUCUACAGGAGGUUGAAGGGUUAAAGAAAAGCAAGACACUUAAACUUAUUGUGGAAGGAAAACCUCAAAUCAAAAUGACAAAGAAAACCAACACAAAUAAAAUGUCAAAAACAAUUGUCUGCCAUGUGGAAGGGUUCCCCAAACCAGCAGUGCAAUGGACAGUUACGGGUAGUGGAAGCAUCAUCAAUAAAACAGAGGAGACCAAAUAUGUUAAUGGAAAAUUUUCCAGUAAAAUUGUAAUUGCUCCUGAGGAAAAUGUGACUUUAACUUGCAUUGCAGAAAAUCAACUAGAAAGAACUGUGACCUCCCUGAAUGUCUCUGCUAUAAGUAUUCCAGAAUACGAUGAGCCAGAGGAUAGAAAUGAUGACAACAGUGAAAAGGUUAAUGACCAGGCAAAGCUAAUAGUGGGGAUUGUAGUCGGUCUUCUGCUGGCUGCUCUGGUUGCAGGUGUUGUCUACUGGCUCUAUGUGAAGAAAUCAAAGUAA